AUGACAGUUAAGUUUAAACCUGAAGAUAAACAAAUAUCAGUUGCAUUCGUAUGCUUAGGAAACAUUUGUCGUUCCCCAAUGGCAGAAGCAGUAUUCAAGCAUAGAGUAAACGAACUCGGAUAUUCCCAAUAUUUCAAAAAGAUCGAUUCAUUCGGCACAGCAGCCUAUCAUGUCGGCUCCAAUCCUGAUUCUCGUUCGGCAAAGACAUGUCGAAAACAUGGAGUCCCCGUUUCUCAUUCUGCUCAACAAAUCCAUCAUUCAGAUUUUAAAAAUUUCGAUUAUGUGAUUGGAAUGGAUACUAGCAAUUUAUCCGAUUUGAAAUAUAUGAAACCUAGGGAUUCAAAGACUGUGGUUGAGUUGUUUGGGAAUUGGAAUACUAAAGAUAGUGGGUUUCAGAAUAUUGUUGAUGAUCCUUAUUAUGGAGGUAUUGAUGGGUUUGAAUAUAAUUUCCGUCAAAUUUGUCAUUUUCUGGAUGAAUUUCUUAAGCGUGAGAUCGGUUCUUUAGAAUAG